AUGACGAGGGGAUAUGCGAAUCCUGUAGCUGAAGCACACCGUGAAAGUUCGUCUGCAGUGAGAAGAAAUAAACGUGGUAGGCCUUCUCGACGUCUCCAUAGUAGUUGUGGAAAGCGAAGAAGACUAUCGUCAUCUAGAGCAUCCAGGUUACAGCCUACGACUGCCUCUAAAUGCCCACCAAUGACGAAAGAACAGUUAACCAGACUUAAAUCGAUGUCAUCGCUUGAUCUGGUUGGAAAUGAAGAGGCUAAACUUUUAAGAAUGCCGUAUUGUGUUUGUACGUAUGCAUCGCAAUCUGAGAAACAUGAAAUGAAAUCUCACUUAUUACUUGGCGAUGUAAUAAGAGUUUUAUAUUUGUUGCUUACAAAUCGUAAACACCAGAAUAUUGCCUUGCAAGUAUUAAGACACUGUUGGAUAUAUUGUCAACGAGUCCCCCUAGCUGAUAUACGUCUUUUUACAUUGAGGGGUUUAUCAUCACGAGACUCUGCUCAUCUGUCUCAGUAUCCAUUGGUAAAUUCAGAGUCACCACCACUGUUUGUUGUCCGGUGGUCUUCUGACAGUCUGUUGAAGGGGACACUAGAAAUUGCCUGUAGCUGUCUACCACGUGACCGAUGCUGGUACAAUUGUUGUUCUGAAAGAUUUCUGCAGGCAUUAUCACGUUUAAUAUUCAAACCUGAUGCGAAAAAGUAUCUUUUAAAUAUAUCAAAAUACCUUUCAUCGAAAUGUCGUCAGAUUUCAAAUGCUUCUUCUUCAUCGUCAGCAUCAUUAUAUGUGUUGUCGGAUGGAAACGAUCGUGAUGAUGAUUUUGAGUUAACUGCACCUAAUCCUCCGGUGGAUGAUAAUAUGCGUGAAAGAAAUUUACACGUGGAAUUGUGCAAGUGUCUUCCUCAGUCAGUUUCAAGUUUUCUAAGAAGGACGACCGGCGUAUCUACGCACCACAUUGCGUCUUUCGGAUUUCUAAUUAGCUCUUUUCAUAAUACAUGCCUACAAGUUCUGAGUGAGGCUAAGACGACUUCAGGUUGUAAUUCAAAUGCUCAAAUAGACAAGAGUGUCUCCUUGAAUCUGUUCAGUACUAUGGAAUGUCUACAUCAAGUUAUAUCUGUUUGUUUGUGCCGAUUACAUGAUUCUUUUGCAUCACUUAUGUCAGCUGGUUCUUGUUUGAAGGCGAGGCAUGAACUCGCAAAUGCAGACAGUAAUUCUGUUCAAUCACGUUCUUCUAUGCGGCUGGCUCGUGGACGAGCUCGUCUUUUUGAAUCGGAAUCAUGUGCACGAGAUAACGUUAUUCGUAUAUUAACGGAAGAGGUUUGUGUUCCGCUCCGUAAUGUGUUAAAUUUCCUGGAGAAAAUGUAUCACACGUUGUGUAGUAUAACAUCAAGUGGUUUCUUGCUUUGUCCUUUCUUCGGUUGUGAUAAGAAGGAUACUAGUUUACUGCCUUCGAAACAGUGUGUAUUCGAUUCUAUUGUAUAUACACGAGGACUUGUUAACUUGGAUGCGCCAUCAAGAGAGCAGCGGAAUAUUGAGUUGUUUACGAAUAUUGCCUUCUUCUUACUCGAGUAUCUCACCACCGAUGUUUUCGGACAUGUUCGUGGUCUGCGUGACAGUGUGUUUUCGUUGAAAGAGGAGUUAUCAAAGACUUAUUCCUCCAUAAUGGACACUUGGGUGCCAGCAUACAAAGACCAGCUUCCCUCUGUUAGUCCACGUGCUGAUAUUGAUUUGAAGUAUCUCUUCUCAUCUUUGCAGAGUCAAUAUGAUGCAAUUGAAGCUUGGAGUCGACGUCAACAUCAGGUAGAAUUGAAGCAGAUCAGUAGUACUAUGAUUAGUUUUCUAACACAACUUUAUGAUUGUUGGAAAUGUGGGUUUCUGUGUAGCGAUUUAAAGUUGCCAUGCCGUAUUUUAAAUAUUCCAUAUGGUUCAAGAAACAGUUUAUCCCAGCCUGUGUUAAAUAAGGUCAAUGUGAAUGGGAUAUCGCCAUGGCCACCUCAACACUUAACUUUUGUUCCACCCGAACACCCAGUGCCAGAAAAUUCAGUCAGUGAUCUAAGUAAAACUGUUUGUUCGACAAGCAGUGAUUCGGUAGAAGAUUUUGUCUAUUCGAAAGUGACAUUUUCACGUGAUUCUUUGAGGAAGACGUUGAAAUCUGCGGUAAUCACAGUGCAUACUCCGGAAGUCAGUAGCAGCAGUAGUAGUCAGAGUGAAGGGCGUAUCUCACGUGAUGAUGUCCAUGAUGGUAAUGCAAGACUGCUCAGUGAUCGAUGUGCUGGAGUGGACUCUUCCGUAUCACACUCCAGUAACCCGUGUUCCCCUAAUAUUAUUCCUCAGACAAGAUUACUUAUUGCUGUUAACCAAACAUGUUCAAAGAAUGUUACAAGUAUGUCACCUAACACCUCCUCAUCUUUGGAUUCUAAUUCUCUUCGAACCACAGAGGUGAUAAAUUCGUCAGAAUCUUCUGUUUCGGUGAGUAAAAGUACUACUGAUAAUUCAGAAUUGAAUUCUUUAAAGUUAGUUACUGAGAUUGUUGUGAAUGAUGUGCCAUCACUUGAGAGCCUUUCAAAUCCCUUAUCAUUAGGAAACGCUUGUAAUAAUAGUCCUACUGAAAUUGACGUUGCGUGCAAAGAAAAGGCAUCUGUUAGAAAUUCAUAUGAUUGUGAGAAAGAAGUUAACGGUAGCCAGUGUCCUCCUCAACCGGUUCGGGUGUGCAGUUCUGUGGUGUCAAAAAACAGUGAUACGUUAACGGUCGUUACUAAUGCAAGUGAUUCAUGUGGAAGUGCUUUGCAAAUGUCAAUUGAUUCCCGAGGUGAAUCAUUGGUUCAGAGUGCUUCGGUAAGUCUAAGUGGAACAACGGAAUGUGCUCAUUCGGAAAACUUCUCAUCCGUACCGAAUAAACUAUCAGACAGUCUUAUGCUGGUCUCAUCACGUAGUGAAUGUAAUGAAUCUGAAGCGCAGUCUGUCCCAUCAAACGCUGAUGUGGACACACCAUCUCCUUCGUAUGUUUCAAUCAAUAAUGUUGAGAAUAUUUCUUCACAGCCUAACACAGCUGAACCUACGGAAGAUAUUGAUGUCACUUCAGGUAACCCUGUUCCUUCGCCUAAUUCUGAUGGGAUUCCAGGAAGCCCAGGUGCUUCCACAAACAAUUGCGAUUCACCUUUGCAGGAUUCAAGUUACCGAGAUGAUCAUGAUGAAGAGUCGACAUAUUCUCUUGAGAGCAAUUCUGAUGAGAUAUCAGAAAGUAGAUCCCAGUUAUCGUCUGUCAGUACUGUUGUCUCAAUAAACCGGGAGAAAGAAAAGUCGAUAAAGAAGGUGUGCAUUUAUUUACCCAGUAAUACUGUUACUAACUCUCCGAUUAAGAAUAUUGUCUGUCAAUAUAGUAGUGGGGAAGAGCACUCCGACUCUGAUCAGGUGAACAGUUGCACAAUGACUCUUGAUAGACGGCGAGUUGGGAAAUUGAAACGGAAGCUGAAGAAGUUGAACCACUUACCUGUUUCUGGAACGAAUACUUCUGAAAUCUCAGAAAGGAACUCCGCCUCACAAAUUGAAAGUCUCUUGUGCUCGAUUCCGUCAACUAGUAACAGUUGUUCAUUGACGGGGUUUCCAGAUGGUUCACAUAAUUUGACUAAUUUCCGUGUGAAACAACCGUUAAGUGAUCUUGUAUCUCUUCCUUCUUGGGUGCAAGAGAAAUCUCUGAAUUCUAAAGCUCCCGGACCAGUGACGGCUUCGGUAUUAGGACUAUCUGCGUUCCCACUUUCAACUGUAUCAGUUAGCUCGACUUCUGAUGAAUAAAAUCUCAUCUUUUCUACAGAUUAAUGUUAUUGUUUAAUAUCUGAUAUACAACGUCCUUGACUUGUAUAAAUGUGUACAUAAUGCACUUGUGAUAUCUAUCGAUUGAUAAACGAAGAUUUAUUUUGUGUACACGAUUGUGUUUAUUGCUAUUCAUUACUUAUUUAUUUUUUUAUCUAAAAUAAAAAUUAAUUUUACUUUCCUUGUA